AAUAAUUGUAUUAAUUUGUCUAUUAUGAUACUGAGAAGUAUUUUUUGGUGUGUAGAAUUAUUUUUGAAUAAAAUUGGCUUUUUGAGUUCUAGUCAUAUUGAAAUUGAAGUUCUUUAUGAAUCUAGUGACUAUUUAAUUGUAAACAAACCUGAAGAUGUAUACGUGAAUAAUCAUUUUAAAGAAAAACCAUCUCUAGAUUUAUUAUUAAGUGCUAAGUAUCCACACUUGGUCAAUAAUAACCUAGAACAUAGUUUUUACUUUGUACACCGUCUAGAUUUUGUAACCAGUGGCGUUAUAUGUAUUGCAUUAAAUAAAAAGGCAUGUGCUGCUGCAUCAAACAGAUUUCAAAAAAGAACUUCUAAAAAGUUUUAUUUAGCUCUUCUUAGGGGUCACGUUUCUGUAAAUAAUUUAGAAUUAACUAAAAGUAUUGGCUACUGUUCCAAAGAAAUUUCUGGAAAUCAUAAAAUGUGUACAGCUGAAAAUUUAACGUGUAUAAAACCACGCUUUGCACAUACAAAAUUAGUAGUAAUAGAAAGAGGUAUUUUUAUGUCAUAUCCAGCUACUAAAGUUAUUUUACAGUUAGUAACUGGGCGUCGCCAUCAAAUUCGUGUUCAUUGUUCAGAAAUUGGUCAUACAAUUGUUGGAGACUUUACGUACAGCAACCGAAAAGACAUUACUCCUCAUAGAACAUUUCUACACUCAUAUAUGUUGAACUUGCAUAUUGACAAUUUAAAAGUGCAAACAGAUGAUCCUUUUACAGAAGAAAAGUUAAAUGGCUUAUGGAAACCAAUAGAAUUUAUUACAAAACUUAAUGACUUUAAUACUAUUGAGUAUUUUAGCUAACCAUAAGAGAUGUACACAUUAAUACAA